CCAGUCUUGGAUAGGAGUGAGCUUGCGAGGAACCUUGGCCAAGCAACAGUAUCUUUCUUGCAGAUUGAAACCACCAGUUAAGACUUAUGUCUCCAUAUGGCCAGAUACUGAAGAGGUCAGACUGUAGAUGAAAAACUGACCAUUCCUGGAGGCUACACAGUUCUUACUUGAACAGUAUAAAAAUAUCUCAUCCUGCUGCUUUAAUGUUUUUGUGUCUGUGUUUGUAGGUGUUCAGCAAAUGGUGAAGCAGCCAGCUCCUGAAGAACUGAGGCCUCUUUUGAACCAGAAGGACAUGGAGCCCCUCAACAUGAAGCAGGAAGAGGAGGAGCAGCUUGAUGAGAUUAAAACUGAUGCCACCAACAUUUCAUUCUCUGCAGAUUCUCGUCAGUUUAAGGAAGAAGGAAGAGAAGUUCUGUUGUCACAGUUUGAUCAGAACCAACCUAAAGAUGGAGAUCUUCCAACCAGCAGCACCACUGACCAGAUGAAAGCAGAAAGUGGUAGAGAGGACUAUGGAGGAGCAAAACGUACCAGGAAUCUAGAUCCAAAACUUUAUAAAGAUGAUUCCAACUCUUCAGAGACUGAAGUCAGCGAAGAUGAAGAUGAUGACCAGGAUGGCAACAAUUCUGACUGUCAGCUAAAGCCUUUUGCAUGUAAGCUCUGUGGGAAACGAUUUAGUGUGAAGUCAACUUUAACAAGACACAAGAGUAUCCACACAGGACAGAAGCCUUUUGCCUGUGAGCUCUGUGGGAAAAGAUUUUCCCAAAAGGGAAGCUCGAAGAGACACAUGGGAGUCCACACAAGACAGAAGCCUUUUGCUUGUGAGCUCUGUGGACAAGGAUUUACUCAUAAGGCAGGUUUAAACACUCACAUGAGAGUCCACACAGAACAGAAGUCUUUUGCUUGUGAGCACUGUGGGCAAAAAUAUAAACAUAAGAGAAAUUAUGACAGACACAAAAAAGUCCACACAGGACAGGAUAUAUGUGCUUGUGAGCUCUGUGGACAAAGAUUUGUUCGAAUGGAACAUUUAGACAGACACAUGAGUGUCCAUACAGGACAGAAGCCUUUUGUUUGUGAGCUCUGUGGACAAAGAUUUAUCCGAAAGGACCAUUUAGACGUUCACAUGAGAACCCACACAGGACAGAAGCCUUUUGUUUGUGAGCUCUGUGGACAAAGAUUCACUCAAAAGGUAAAUUUAUGUACACACAUGAGAGUCCACACAGGACAGAAGCCUUUGCCUGUGAGCUCUGUGGACAGAGAUUUAGUGUAAAGUCAAGUUUAAACAGUCACAUGAGAGUCCACACAACACACAAAGCAUCAGUUUAACUCCAAUGAUUAUUAUGCCCUAUAGGUUAAAAAAAAAAUUGUACGUCGCUUUGGAUAAAAGCGUCUGCGAAAUGAAUAAACAUAAACAUUAUUGUAAUUCUUACAUCUUUAAUGUUUAGUUUAGUUGUUUAGUCAGUGGUUUCAGGUUUGGUUGGUCAGCACAGUCCUCCCAGACCUCCUCCAAGUCAAACUGUCCCAUAUGAACGUGCCUGACCCAAUUCUGACGGACAGGAAGCAGAAAAUGAGGCUGGGGAAGAAUGUCUCUGACCUGCAGACCAUCAGCACCAGUUCUCCUCAGGGCUGUGUUCUCUCCUCUCUGCUCUUCUUCCUGUACACCAACGGCUGCACUCCAACCACGAGUCUGUCAAGCUUGUCACGUUUGCGGACAACCCCACCGUCAUCGGGGAUGAGUCUGCCUACAGAAGGAGGUGGAACGGCUGGUGUCCUGGUGCAGCCACAACAACCUGGUGCUAAACACCCAGUCCACGAUGGUGGACUCUUGUCACUUCCUGGGAGCCACCAUCACCCAGGACCUUAAGUUGGAGCCCACCAUCACCUCCAUCGUAAAAAGGCCCUGCAGAGGAUGAACUUCCCAAGGCAGCUGAAGAAAUUAAACCUGUCAGUACAGUCGAUGAGGCGGUUCUACACCGCAGUCAUCGAGUCCAUCCUCACCUCUUCCAUCACCGCUGGAGCCACCAUCAGGGACAAGAGGAGACUGCAGCGUGGCGUCCGCUCUGCUGAGAAGGUCAUUGGCUGCCAACUCCCCUCCAUACAGGACCUGUACACCUCUGGGACAUUGAAGCGUGCAGAUGGGAUAACAGCUGACCCGUCUCACCCUGGACACAGUCUCUUCGACUUGCUCCCAUCUGGCAGGCGGUUCCGAGAGAUUUGGAUCAGAACCUCUCGCCACAAAAACAGUUUAUUCCCCUCUGCGGUCAGACUCAGGAAUGCCAAUCGUAGACCUGCCCACUCCAGAUUGUUUCACCUCAUGCCCCUCUUAUGCCAGUUUAAACAAGGUCUGACUGUAACUACUUUCUAGCAUUCUUUGAGAAUAAAAUCAGAAAAAUCAGGGCAAGUUUUUCACCCCCAUCUACACCCUACCCCCAUCCAACCCCCUCCCUCUCAAUCAUGGUCCUUCUUUACUCCUGUAGAUUUCCAGGACAUUUGCCUCAGUCAGAAACACAUGAAACCAACCUCAUGCCCUGUUGAUUUCCAUCCUACUACCUUAUUCAUCAGGAUGUUUGACCAGACUGACCCAUGCAUUAUGCCUCUGACACAGAACUAAGCUGCAGGAGACUGCCUCAAGGUCAUGCAUUUGCUUCUAAACUGCUUCCUUUCCAGCCCAAGAGAAUAAUGAAGACAAAGGACUCUUUCCUUUUAAUAAAUCAAAGAACUCUAUUUUUAAUAAAGCUAAUCAAAGUGUUAGUCAAUAAUAUAAUGUUGACAGAUCUGUUAAAUGACAAUGUUAUGAUUAAUAUGUUGUAAUAAGUAAUAUGACUUUAAUCUAGCUACACUAGACAUGCUGAUCACACGUAAUGUAAAAUGGUCUGUAUUAGGGUUGUCACGGUGUGAAAAUUUAACCUCACGGUUAUUGUGACCAAAAUUACCACGGUUUUCGGUAUUAUCGCGGUAUUUUUUUUAAACGCGUUACAUUUUCACACAAAUAAACCCUGUAUGUCAGGAAAUAUUGUCCUCAGUUUGUGUCUAAAUUUUGCCUAAAAUGUGUUAUUUUGUAAUUAUGUUGUUUAUUUGUUUACAUUUUCCCCUUUAGUCUUUAAAAUACCAAUAUUUGCCCAUAACUUCUUAUUUUAUGUCUGUUUGAUGUCAUCGUUUUAAAAAUAUUAGAUCAGAUGAUACUCAGUACUCAAGUAGCCUUCUAAUCAGAUACUUUUUUACCCUUACUUGAGUAAUAAACCCAAUAUCAGGAAAAAAUUGUCCUCGGUUUGUGUCCUUCCAGUGAGCUUUGCAGAUGUGGGAAAAUGUCAUCAGGCAGUAAUCGUUGUUAAAUUCAUAAUUAUUCUCGGAGAGAGACCAACUCUUAUCUGCCCCUGGGAGCCCCGUAAUGCAUAGCGUCAUUUCAACAUGGCGGUGUCCGCGACACGGUUUAUAUGCAGGUAGCGGCGCUGCGGCUGCUUUAUAUAGCGACUCGUUGCAUUCUCCCUCAACCCAAAUCCUCGGAUCACGCAUUUUAGCUAAAAUGCUAACGUUAGCUUGCCUUGCGUUGACUGUAGAGUUGUGGUUGAUGGUCACGCAGAUGUGUCAUGAGAUUUGAAGCGUUGCUGCCUUUCACAGACACUUUUUCUGCUCGUGCUGCAAACAGGAUAGCCGUCUUCUAUCAGCUGUCCCUCGGCAUUCUUCAAAUAUCCAAAAGAUGCCCGUACUUCCCACUUUGUCUUCUUUGAGGGAUAAAAAAUGUCCUGAAGGCUGCCAUCUCCUCCUUUGACCAUUAUUUCAGCGUUAGCUUCAAGAAAGUUUUGGUUGUAAACAUCAAAGUGCGCAUGUGCUGCCGGCAAUUUCUGCAGAUGAUACGGUGGCUGGUAAGGGUCACCGCGCCUACACCGCAGCCACGGUAAACCCACCAAGAUUAAAUUUUUUUUUUAACAAGACGGUUAUUAUUGUCAACUUUUUUACCGGGGUUUACCGCUACACCGGUUACCGUGACAACCCUAGUGUGGAGCGACAAGAUGGCAUCUCAUGUGUUUAUGAAACGCCAAUCAUAGCAAAAGCAAAACAUCACAACAUCAUUCAGGCUUGCUUCUCCGGAUACGAGAGUUCUGAUGACAACAUCACUCACACAUACACCAUUCAUCUCAUGUCUCAUUCACACCAAGAUCCAUUCAUCACUUAGAGUUUAGAGUUAGUCUUGUUUAAAAUUGUUUAAAUUGUUAAGAAAUAAAUCUUAAACAUUUUAAAUGUGA